AUGGCGCAGUCAGUGCGGGACCGCGUCGCAGCUGUGUCGCCUCUCUUCGAGGACAUUUGCAGCAACAUCUGCCGCAGCGGGAGCGGCAGCAGCAGCGGCAGCACUGACGCCGCUGAAGCCGCCAGCAGCAGCAGCAGCAGCAGCAGCAGCGGUGUCCUGUUUCUUGGCUCCGGGGGUUCCGCUUCCAUCCCUCAACUAAAUCAUAUUCUUUCUCUGUCCGACCCCUCCCACCCUUACCACCUUGUGGCCAGGCGUGCAGCCCCGCCGCCGCCGCUGCAGGAGCUGCAGCAGCAAGCGGUCCUCUAUCGGCAACACCUCAAGCAGCAGCAGCAGCAGCAGCGGCAGCAGGAGCAGCAGGCGAAGCAGGGAGCCCUCGCCAGCGACGGCGGCAGCGCCUUGGGCGGCGCAGCCGCCCCCGCAGCAGCAGCAGCAGAACCCGCAGCAGCAGCAGCAGCAGCAGCAGCAGCAGCGGGCCUGGAAGGCCGCGCGCUGGAAGUUGCUGCUCGCGACUCCCGCAAUGCUGCAUGCGCCACCUGCUUGAGGGCUUUGCUGUGUCCCGAAGGACCCAACAAAAGAAGAAACAUUUCGCUGCUGCUGCAGCUCGAGGGGCAGCAGCUGCUGAUAGACUGCGGCAAGACCCUCAGGGACUCCCUCGUCACUUUCGGCUGCGCAUACAAUCUGAGCUGUGUAGACGCUGUGUUCUUGACCCACGACCACAUGGACGCCAUUGGGGGCCUCGACGAUCUGAGAGAUCUGCAGCCAUUUGACAGGCCCACGUUUGCGUGUCCGCCGGCAGUGGCAGCAGCAGCAGCAGCUGCAGCGGGGCCCCAAGCAGCAGCAGCAGAAGCAGCAGCAGCAGCAGCACAGGACCGGCAAGACUGCCGCUGGUACGCCCCCAAAAACUGGCUUUGCUGCUUCAUGGGGGCCCGCACUUUUGCUUCCAUUUCCCGUGGUUAUUCUUACCUGCUGCGGCCGUUCUUGGAGCGCUGCAGCAGCAGCAGCAGCAGCAGCAGCAGCAGCAGCGCCUCCCCAGCAGCAGCAGCAGCAGCUGCAGCAGACGCAGAGGGCAUUGUCAGCAGGACUGAAGACGGAGAGUUCGCCGUCACAAACAAAGGCCGGCUGCUGCUGAGGCGCAAAGUUGCAUGCAUUGAUUUCCGUAUCCUUAAUGACACUGUGCUGCCUGCUGCUGCUGCUGCUGCUGCAGAGGCUGCUGCUGCUGCUGUUGCGAAAGCCGCAGGGGAGACUCUGAAGGAAGCUGCAGCAACUCAAGGCAUACCCCGUCUGGCAGCAGCGGCUGCGGCUGCGGCACCCCCAGCAAGGCCCGCAGACGCAGCAGCAGCAGCAGCAGAUGCUCAACUCAAGGUGGAGCCGAUUGACUCUUGGGGUUUCACGAGGCUGCGAGUCCCUGGUUUGCAAAUGCCCAUCUUCUCCUUCCCCAUAUACCACGGGGGCUCUUAUGUUUGUUUGGGACUUGUGGCUUUGGGCCUGGAGCCCUUCUUGCUGCUGUCCGACGUCACUGCUGUGCCCCCCGUGGUCCUCGAGCGGCUGCUGCAGCUCCCGAAGCCCGAGGUGCUGAUUCUGGACGCUAUAGGGGAGCGGCCGCACGCAGCGCACUUUUGCCUGCAAGAGGCGCUGGACUUGGGCGUGCUGCUGCAGCCGCGGCGUUUGCUGUUUGUGGGAAUGGACUGCUGCUUAGAACACAAAAUGACAAAUGAAAGGCUGCAGCAGUGGCUGGCAGCUCACCGGGAGGUGUACAGACAGGUGAGAGGAACUGAUAGCAACAUUCAAGAAGUGCGCCUUGCCCACGACGGCCUCUACCUCAGCUUCCGUGGGUCGGCUGUUGAAACGCCGCUUUGCUGCAGCAGCAGCUGA